CCACAAUCCACCUGCGAAGUAAUCGUCCCCACAAACAACAUGGACAUCAACAAGAACACUGCGAUAGAUAGACAGCGCUUGCGGAGAAACCAGCGGGACCGCAUCUUGUACGCCGAGCGGAGGGCCGCCAACAUCGAAAAGAACGCGGAGAGACGCCGAGACACCAUAUCAAGACAAGCAUCAAAGAACGCCGACGCCAGAGUCACGACAUCAACAAGACAGGCAUCAACGAACGCCGACGCCAGAGUCACGACAUCAACAAGACAGGCAUCAACGAACGCCGAAGCUAGAGGCGGGCAGACCAACGUGCUGCUAGAGGUGCAGUAG